GGCAAAUAUUUCCUGUAGAAAUAACAGCAGCAACAUGUUUGUCGGUAAACAGGAUUCUUAGUAUUUAAUAUUUAUGCAUCAGUACUUUGUAACCUGAGAUCGUCCUGUUAUUGGCACUAAUUCAUUGUGCCCUAACUACAUGAUUAUAAGGAAACGAAACAGUUGUACAGUUCUAUACUGGGAAUAGGGACGUGUUUGUGUUCCUACAUAGAAUCUCACGUACAAUCAGUAUGGCACCUCUGCAAUUUCUCUUCUUCUUCCUCUCAGUGAUUACAUCAAAUGAAGGAUCUUCCAUCAAACCCUUUGUGAGCUUUUAUCCGAAUUGGGCCACGGUAUUCACCAAGGAAUCUGUAAUUCUCACCUGCAAUGUGGAUACCUCUGAGCCAAUAGACCAGAUCUAUUACUGGUACAGGGACAACCAAAUCCUCUCGUUGUAUACUGGAGCAAAGAGUGUUAAAAUUGACCAUGCGAAACAGGAGCACGGGGGAAGCUAUCAGUGCCAAACAGCAGAAAGUGAUAAAAGUGAACCAGUCAGACUGCACGUUAGUCACAGUUGGCUUACACUGAAAGUACCACCAUUUGUAUUUGAAGGGGAUGAAUUAUAUGUGUCCUGUGCAGGGUAUCCUGGGUAUUCUGCCAGAUACGCUGUGUUGUACAAGAACAGUAAGGUUAUAGGAUCCUCUCCUUCUGAUGCUGAUUUUCUGGUUGGAACAACAAAUAUGACAAUGAGUGGUUUGUACAGAUGCACCCGACUAGUGAAGGACGGUGUCAUAUAUCAUAGUUAUUCUAGUGAAGAAUAUAUUUCUGUAAAAGAGCUAUUCUCCAAACCAGUGGCAAAAGUAAAUGAAAGUCAUUUAAAGCAAGGAAAAGUACUGACUGUAACAUGUGACACAAAGCUCAGCCCACACAGAGAGACUACAGAGCUACAGUUUGCUUUCUACAGAAAUGGGCACAAUGUGCAGGGAUUCAGUUUAUCCAGCCAAUAUGGAGUCCCCUCAGCUCAGCUGGAGGAUUCUGGGAAUUAUACCUGUGAGGUUCAAACUCCAACUGGCAGUGUGAGGAAGAGGAGCAAUAUGGCACAUAUCCAGAUACAGGCUUCACAAAUCCAGCAGUCAUCUGUUCCUCUCCCAGUGUUGGUCGAGGGUCAGCCUGAAUUUGAGAUCCAGGAGUUCCUUGAUUCUCGCCUGGUUAGGGAGAGGAGCUAUGCACCAAUUGGUAUAGGAGUCACUUUGGCUUUGCUGAUACUUGUUAUUAUUGUGGCUUUACUUGUCUACGAGUUCAGAAACAGAGUUGUCUCAUCCUUCUUGAACCGUCACAAUUCCUCAAUAAGAUCAGAGCUAUUCUCCAAACCAGUGGCAAAAGUAACUGAAAGUCAAUCAAAGCAAGGAAAAGUACUGACUGUAACAUGUGACACAAAGCUCAGCCCACGCAAAGAGACUAUAGAGCUGCAGUUUGCUUUCUACAGAAAUGGACGCAAUGUGCAAUUCAGUUUAUCCAACCAAUAUGGAGUCCCCUCAGCUCAGCUGGAGGAUUCUGGGAAUUAUACCUGUGAGGAACAAACUCCAACCGGCAGUGUGAGGAAGAGGAGUAACAUUUUACAUAUCCAGAUACAGGGAUGAGAAGUGUGUUUAGAAGCAAAGAGAUGAAUACUCGCACAAUCUCCACAUCUCCACAAAGAACCCUUUGGCUGUUUGGCUUCUUCCAUGUCCUCCUGGGAGACUCAGGACUCAUUCUACUUUCCUUUGUUUUUGUUUUAAUUUCAAAUUGUUUUUCUUUGAGAUACUGUAAUAAAAUGUUUCCUUGUACUCUACAAGAAUAUGUAAAAUAAUCAUAUUCAGCAAUUUGUUUAGGAUCAUUUACUUUAUGUCUGAACUGUUACUCAGGGGCCUUUUUAUCCAAAUUCCUUUUAGUAUAAUUUUGCCUUUACUUGUUCUCCGUGGAGUUAUUGGGAGUUGUCACUCACACAGCAAGUUUGAGGGCAGGUAAAAAUGUAAACCUACAGUGCCUUCUGUCUAGGGGACCCCAAGCAAAGCACUCCAUUUACCUAUAGGCUUACAUUUUGUGUGACCAAAGUGGGGUUUCAAAAGCCAGAUUGUGACAAGUGUUGCAGCUUCAGUAAAAGGGCAAGGAAAGCAGUAGCACUAUUUUGUGGUUCUUGAUUCGUGCUCGAUAUUUUCCUUCAAUAGCUGGUCAGGUAUAUAACAGACAACUGUGAGAUCCAAUUGCAUGAUGGCAAAGUGUCUAUAAAAAAUUGGAGUCAUUGGUUAUAGUUCACCCCAGGGGUUGUAACUUAGGCAGGGUUAGUUAGAGAGAGCAGCUCAGUGCCCCGAAUUUAAGAGAAAAAGUGGAGUUAGUAUCUCCCAGUCAAUAGUGCCCUAAAUUAGGAAAGGGACCCAGGAUAAUCUCUGUACUUUUGGAUUGCAUUCAUUGGGUGUCUCUGAAUCUAGCCUGGUUCAUACUGUAUUCUAUUGGAUUGAUAUGGUUUAAUGGAGUUAAGCUUGAUGGAAGUAUGUUAUAACUGUAAUUAUUGUCAUCUACUAUUUUACAGACUAACUUGGUAUUACUAUCUUUAUUCUGUAUUAAAUAAAGUUCCUGUUAACUAUUCAA